AAUUGGCAAUUGGAUUAGGAGUAGGAGGAGGAAUUUUUCUUACUAUUCUGGUUUCAAUAGGAGUUUACUUUUUCAAGAGACACAAACAUACUUCUAUUCUCAAAAUAUCCGGAUCUACUUCAAUAAUUUAG